AUGCACGUCAUGGGCAGCAUCUCUCCGGCCAACGACAGCGAGGGCUUCUCCUUCCUAAAGGAGGAUGUUGCCGUUUCCAAGGCGAUGUCACCUCCUUUUUCUCACAUCAGUGAAAAUGGGACAAGAUCACCAGUAGCUCCUCCCCCACCUCCCCCACCACCUCCUCCUCCAUUAGGGCUUAGAGACAGCACAUGUCUGAAGAAGAGGAGGGUGAGGAGCUUUUUCUGGAAAACAAUACCAGAGGAGCAGGUGAAAGGUCGCACCAACCUGUGGACUCAGGGUCAGGUGCAGCAGCACUUCCAGAUCGAUGUCCAGGAGGUUGAGGAGCUGUUUGGUCACAACGACUGCCAGUCAGACGCCAAGGCCCCGCCCACCAGGGGAGGAAAGGGCCGGGUCUCGUUCAGGGAAACUAAAGAGGUCUCCAUUCUGGACCCGAAGCGAGGGCUAAACGUCGCCAUCUUCCUCAAACAGUUCAAGAGGUCCAAUCAGACGUUAGUCGCUGACAUUCAGCGUGGCAGCAGUGAGUCAUUUGGGGCGGAGCCUCUGAGGGAUCUGCUGAAGCUGCUUCCAGAGAAAGACGAGGUGAAGAAGCUGAAGGCCUACAGGGGUGACAUCUCUAAGCUCUCGUUGGCAGAUUCUUUUGUGUACCUGCUGAUUCAAGUGCCCAGUUACUCGCUCCGCAUCGAGUCCCUGCUGCUGAAGCAGGAGUUUCCUGCGGCCUGUGAGGCCAUGAAACACCACUUCGGGAUCCUUCACUCCGCCACUAAAGAGUUAAUGUGCUGUGAGGAGCUCCACGCUGUUCUCCACCUGGUGCUGCAGGCCGGAAACAUCCUGAAUGCUGGAGGCUCUGCAGGAAACGCCGUGGGCUUUAAGCUGUCCUCGCUCCUCUCGCUCGCCGACACCAAAUCCAACAAGCCAGGGAUGAACCUGCUGCACUUCGUGGCUCUGGAAGCUCAGAAAAAAGACGAGAAGCUUCUGGAGUUUCCUCUCAGGCUGAAGAACGUUCAGGCAGCAUCCAGGAUCUCCAUGGAAACCCUGGAUGCUGAGCUACAGUCUCUGACUCUUCGCACACGCUCAGUGGAGGACAGCAUCCAGGAAGACGCGGAGCUUCUGCAGCAGCUGGGUGGCUUCCUUCAGAGCGCCGCGGCGUCCCUGUGCUCGCUGCGUGACGGCAGGCAGCAGCUGAAGAGGGACGGCAGCGAGCUGUUGGACUUCUUCUGUGAGGACAGAGAGACGUUCAGGCUGGAUGACUGCUUCAGCAUUUUCCACACCUUCUGCUGCAGAUUCACCAGCGCCGUCCGGGAGAACCAGGACAGGGAGGCUAGGGAGGCGGCUCGCCGGCGGCGGCUACAGGAGGAGGAGGUGAAGAGACACUCGUGGGCUGGAGGAGAGCAGGUCCGCGGAGCCUUUGGGUCACGCUGCAGGAGCGAGACGGACAUGUCUUCCAUCAUUUCCAAAGACGACUCAGGACUUUUGGGGGCGCUCCUUGCCCCGAAGUUCCACCUCAGCCCUCGGAGACGGUCCUGGAACCCACAGAGAAGCCGGAACCCUCCAUGCAGCUCAGUGGCCGCCGCUGCAGAGAGGGAGCUCAGCUCCUUCUUGGAAAUAUCAGGAGACCUCAGAGUUCCCUGGCAGAGGAACCCAGCGUGGACUACAAGACUCUCCCCUGAGAAGGUCUCAGCGUUCAGUCAGGUGGACCCAAAAACCACCUCAGCUCCUCCUGAGACCUCCUCCAACCGAACAGACUCCUCCCACAUCAGCGGCGCUCAGACCAGGUCAGAAUCGGUCGAUAUUGAAGAUAAAGACAAGUCUACCUCACAUCUGGAGCUUCAGGCUGACCACAACAACAACCAUCGACCCAGCCUCCAGGACCUCCUCCUCCACCAGACCUCCUCUUGUCUGAGCAGGAGGUCUGAUGAUCACAUGCCUGUGGUUCCUGAGCUCGAGGCCUUCAGCAGAACCUCCUCUGAGACCGCCCGGAACCAGGUCAAACUCCCCAGUGCUCUGGACAGGAUGGGGACCAAUCAUCUGGACCAUCUGAAGAACGUCCCCCAGGACGUGAGGAGGCCCUCCUCCCCUCAAAGAGAGGAGGAACAGGUGAUAGUGUGGUGUGUGACAGGUGUGUGUGAGGCUGCCGGUGAACACACACACACAGGAACCCGUCAGGAGGAGAACCGUCAGGGCUCCCCAACACUACUCGGUUCUUCAGAGCCUCAGCCGGACCGAGACAAGUCAGAACCCAUCAGCAGCCAGCCGGCGUCCCGCUGCAGCGACUCGUCUCUGCUCGCCUCUCCACCUGGACGACGUCCCCCAGAACCCAAGUCACCCGGUCCAGAACCUGGUCUGACUGCAGAGGAGAAGGAACCGAGGAGCGAGGAGGUGUCAAAACCAGAACCAGACCCCAGACCAACGACGGGAGAAGCUUCUGCUGAGAGAGAAACUAAACCAGCAGCUUCUUCUAACCAGAACCAAACUUCUGGAAUCAAACCAGCAACCCCAAACAGAACCGGUACCAGUAGCAGGUCCGUCCGCUCCCUCACACGUUCAGAGAACCAGAGCAUGAGGAGGAUCGUUCCCAUCACGAGGUCCAUACGAGGAGCUCUAUCUGUGACCAAACGUCCUAAAGAACCUGCAGCUGCCAGCCGGACCUCCUCCAGGACCUCCACCCUAACCAGCUCCAACCUCAACGGAGCUUUGGUUAGACGAGGAGAACGGUCCGCUACUGCUCCUUCAUCCCAGCGGCCCAAAGAACCAUCAGCUUCCAGGGAGCAGAACCAGGACCCUGAGAGGAGACCUUCCAUCCGCAAAGCCUCGAUGAAAUCUAGAACCCAGACGGAGGAGAAGAUGUGUCUCUCCAGGCUGAGAUCUCUGACCCAGGAAGGAGGAGGAGGCAGCGUCAGUGCUCCCGUCACACCUCUACGCAAAAACCAACCAUCAUCAACACCUCCAGGGUUUACCAGAAACACGGCCUCAUCUUCUUUCAGACGGACCAGAACCACUUCAGGUUCUUCUCCUUUACCCAACACCGGAUCUCCUAAGACCUCCUCCUCCUCCCCUCCUACCUCUACGUUGUCCCGUACAGGCUCACUGAGAGUGGCCUCCUCCUCCAGGUCAUCGUCUCCUCUGAUGACUCAGAAGAUCCAAUCACCUCCUGGACCUUCGCUCCCCGGCUCCUCUAAAGACCUCCAGCAGAACAUCAGCAGGUCUCCUCACCUCAGGGAGGCCAGCAGGCCCACCAGACCCAUCUGGAGAUAACACGAGUCCUGGUGGUGAUUCGCUCCUCUGAGUCUGGAUCUGCAAUGGAGGUCAGGGGGGGUCAUGUGUGACAUCAUCAGAUGUUUGUGAUGAAGUGUCCAGAAGAGGGGAAGAUCAGAGCACCUCUGGACAGACCCAGGAUCUUCAUCUGCUCCUCAAAAACAUCAGAGUUCUAAUUUUAAAGAACCUAAAUGAAACCUGGGUCUGCAGCCUUCACCAGUAAAUCCAGCUUGAACUGGUUCUGCUGGUGACUCUGACCAGUGGAGACUUUUUACUCCUGGGUUUUAGGAGAUUUAACCCAACUUCUACUCUCAGCUUCUCUGGUGGGUCAGAAGUAAAAUCUUUCAGAGAUGUGUUAAAUUUCCUAAAACGUUAAUUUCAGAAGGCUCGACUCUAAAAACGGAUCGUUUUUAACGAGCUGCUGCUGACAUGAGCAGAUUAUAACUGAUAAGAUUCAUUAUUUAGGUUUAAAACAGCGCCCCCUGGUGGGAUCAGUGACGGCCUGUUAAAUACCGUAAAUCCUCUAAUAGUGGCCUGGGCCUUUAUUUACUCAAGCACAUCCUGGUUCAAGCCUUUAUUGGAAGGUGGCCAGAAUUAGAGACAUGCCGCAGUUUCAAAUUGAGCUAAAUAAACUACCAGUAGGAUGAAUAAAAACAAGAUUUAGUGUCUGUUUGAACCUAUAAAAGACUAUUUGGUUAGUUUAAUGAAAAUGUAGUUAACAUGUAGUACGUAUGCAUGCAGACGUUUACAACAAACACCACUGUUAUAGGCUAAAUCCCAGUGUGGUAGCAAACAUGCCGGUAGUGCAUUGUAAACACUUGAUGAUAAUUAGGUUAUGGAUUCACAACAAAAGGCAACAGGCGCCUUACCGCUACAAACUUUAACCGUUCGUGUCCCGUUUGGUUUGAAGUUUAAAAAAUAAGUCCUCCAACUGUUUAAACCUCAUCCUCCUCAGUUCCACGUUACAACACUGAGCUAACUGCUAAAAACAUUAGCACUCUACAAGCUAUUUGCGGUGAGGACAUGUGAAAAAAGUAUUAAAAGUGUUAACAGGUCUUCUGGGAAUUUCUCCUACCCCGUAAACCGUAAUAACCUUUGUUCCUGAGCAUGUGUGCGCAUGCGCACAACACAAAAAGGGAAGCAAAGGGCAUUGUCAUAUUUGCAGGGAAAUAGGUAAGUAGUAAGUAUUAGUACUUUUUAUUGACGUUGAUACUUGAUUUUUUGGGUUAGGUUUAGGGUUUGUGUCAUGUAAAACACCGUAAAAUUAUCCUACGGGUAGAACGUUUUGCCAAAGUAGGACGUUUUGUCAGAACCCUGGCUAGUAAUGAAAUACACAGGCCAAUAUUAGAGGACUUACGGUAAACUUCUGCAUAAAAACCGGGGCCUGCCGGGCCACAGGUAGCCCAGAGCCGCAGAAUGCAGACCCCUUGUCUACGUGGAGCUAGACGGCGUUUAAAGACACAUUGGUGCGUGUUUUUGAGUAGAAGUUAUGAACAAGUCCAUCUCAACCCACAGGCUUCCUGAAACAGCUCCAGCCUUCUAAAACUUUACUGAUUUAUAACUUCUGUUCUGCACUAAAGCAGAAUAAAUCCUGCAGGACUCCACUCCAGGUGAAGAGCUGCGUUUAGCGCCACAGCUGUUUGAAAUAACUCGUUUUUACACAGAAACACGCGUCAGAGUGGUCAAACAUUUUAAUUUUUCCUAAAAGCUUUUAUAACCAUCAACAGGGGCGUCGGACUGGGGGGGGAAAGGGUACCGUUUACCCAGGGCCCACUGCAGGGAGGGGCCCUGAGACAGCUUUGAAUAAAAAUGUUUUAUUGUUGUUGUUUUUCCCCCCCAACUUACUUAAUGUCUUAAUAAACUUCCCUUUACCUGGAUAAAGAGGUUAAGAAACAGAAUUUCGCCUUAAAAAUAAUAACUGAAUAAUCUCUGAGGCAUCUAUCACCCCUUAAAAAUGUGCAAAGUGGUUUAGUCCAC